AGCUACAUUCCAGACGGUUAUUCAAAGGCGGCUAAAACAGCGCACGCCGUCGGCGAUUUGAACGCUCGCUAGCCGCUGGAAAGGAUCAUGUUCGCCGAAGUCUGACUGUGCCAAUUAUUCUCUUCGGAAGCUUACAGAGAUGCAUUUAGUAACAAAGAUGUUCCUGUCAGCAGACCAGUAACAUUGUAACAUAACUAUACACUACAAAUUUCCCUUGAAAAAGAAACAUCGUCUUAGGCGAUUCAUGGUGUCGGCUAUGGCAGAAUGCGUGAGAGUGGUAGUUCGCUGCCGCCCCAUGAACAGAAGAGAACUAGACCUACGUUGUAAAAACGUAGUGUCUAUGGACAACUCUCAGGCCGAAUGCAAACUUAUUAACCCUGACGACAACUUAGCACCACCAAAAAGAUUUACCUUCGAUGGGGUGUACGACGUUAAUUCAACAACAGAAGAGUUGUACAAUGAAGCAGUCUAUCCUUUAGUAGAGGGUGUGCUGGAAGGCUAUAACACCACAAUAUUUGCUUACGGUCAGACUGGAUGUGGAAAAAGCUUUACAAUGCAAGGUAUCUGCGAACCACAGUCGCAACGUGGGAUAAUUCCAAAAUCGUUUGAACAUCUGUUUGAAGCUAUAUCUGUAUCCGAAGGAACCAAAUAUCUUGUACUGGCGUCAUUUUUGGAAAUUUAUAAUGAAGAGAUAAGAGACCUAUUGGGAAACGAAGUAAAGCGGAAACUCGAAUUAAAAGAGCACUCAGAUAAGGGUCUUUACGUCCAAGAUCUGUCGUUGCAUCCUGUUCAGAGCGUUUCUGAGAGCGAGCAGCUGAUGGCGAGGGGCUGGAAGAACCGCGCCACGGGCGCUACGCUCAUGAACGCCGAUUCGUCGCGAUCGCAUUCCAUAUUUAGUAUCCAGCUGGAAAUGAUGCCAGUGAGUGCAUUGGAAUGUGACAUCCCUGUCAACAAAGUGCGGAAAGGAAAGUUAAAUCUAGUUGAUUUAGCUGGAAGUGAAAGACAAUCAAAAACAGGGGCCGCUGGAGACCGACUUAAAGAAGCAAUCAAAAUUAAUCUCUCGUUAACAGCUCUUGGUCAUGUAAUAUCAGCAUUAGUCGAUGGAAAGUCAACGCAUAUUCCGUACCGGGACUCCAAGCUUACGAGAUUACUCCAAGAUUCCUUAGGAGGCAACACGAAAACUCUUAUGGUAGGUUGCAUAUCUCCUGCUGAUAACAACUACGACGAAACACUGAGCACUUUACGGUACGUGAACAGAGCAAAAAAUAUAAAAAAUAAACCACGCAUUAAUGAGGAUCCCAAGGACACACUACUGCGAGAGUAUCAAGACGAAAUACGGAAACUGAAGCAAAUGCUGGAAUCAACAUCAGUCUCGGACAAAGGCAGCCUUGUGGAACAGGAGAGAGAGAAGCUGAGGCUGGAGUACGAGAAGCAGAUGGAAGAGAUGAGGAGGGAAUACGAGGCAGAGCACGUAAACAACUGCAAGCUGCAGGCAGACAUGCACGCCCUCAAGAAGCAUUACGAGCAGCAGCUGGACAAGAUUAACCGACAGGAGAAGUACGAUGCAGCCUUUCCAUCAAAUGGAGUCUCAGAUGAGAGUGGAAAACUGGAAGCCUCAAUCGGGACUAAAAUGAAGCUGAAUGCAGCACACCAGGAAGUUCUUCAAAGGUUAGAAAGGCUGCAAAAGAGCAUGAUAGGCGGUGAGUGCGCCAACGAUGAGGAACUGAAGGAGAAGCGACUGCGGAAGAAGCGUGCGUCCGAGCGUCGCCUAAGAGCCCUCGCACAGGUCCUGUCCAAGGUCAGCGACGACGACGGGCUCAUGCUCAAGGUUUAUGAUGAUAUAGACCAAGAGCUCCGUACAAAAACAGAAUUGCUGAAGAAGUACAAAAUGAAGAUAAGAGAGCUGGAAUGUGAGAACUCCGACCUGCAAGGCGAAUUUCAAAAAGAAAGAACUGACUACCUUGAAACAAUAAGGAAACUUAGCCGCGAAUUGAAACUGUAUCAGCAAAUAACCGAGAAAAUAGUGCCAACAUUAAGAAAGGAGUGCAACUAUAGUGAUUUGGAAGCAAUAAAAAAGGAAGCAUCGUGGAAUGAAGACACGGAGCAAUGGAAGUUACCUGACCUAGUCAUCACGCGGACCAGACUGCCUCCAACAGGUCUGCAGCCGAACGGCAUCAGCCUGCGGACGUCAUCGGCGGCGUGGUCGCCCAGCGGCUCGUCCAGAGGCAGCUCCACGGCCAACGAGUCCAGCCACUCCACGUCGCCUCCCAUCCUCACCAGGUCGCCCGAGUUCGUCGAGCCGGACAACAAGGUUGUCUUGCAGAGGUUCCACCGAAGUGACGAACAGAGCAUUGUAACCGACUAUUUCAAGCCAAAGAGAGCUGCAGAGCGUCUGAACAGAGUGAAAGAAGAGGCGAGCCACGCAUUCAAUACGUGGAGAGGUUACAAAAAUAAACGCAAAGCUAACCAGGCAAGUGAGGUGAAUGGCAUUUCAAACUUGAAUCUCAGCAAAAGUUGUUUGCAUUCUUCGGUGGGUGACCUUUCAUUUCUUUCACCUGUGAAAGGGAACACAUCAUUAAAUAAUUCAUGGUCUGGUGGAAUAACCACUAGUGAAGUGGGACACACACGCGACAUAAAAAAAUAGUUGAAAAUUUAUUUUUGUAUUUUGAAUGGCUCUAAUUUUAUUUGUUGGAAACUCAUUGCUCAUAUUGUGUGAAGAAAUUCCAUCAGAAUACAGAAUUUAUUUUCAUACCUUUGAAAAUGAAUUAUGUAGAAAUUUGUAAAUAUUCUUAGAAUUAAAUGAGACAGAUAUUAAAGCAAUACAUGGACUUUGUACAAAAUGUUAACAUUUGAAAGAAGUGUGCAAUUUAUUCUACACUUGUUAUUUGUGGCAUGAUAAAUAAAGAAUAUAUAAAGAAGCAGCCAGCCUGAGGUGCUAUUUUGUUUAUGGAGCUUGUAGCUACUUUUUUUUAUUUUUUUAAGGAAUACAUGAACAGAAAGGGAAAAGGAAGGUGUGAGUUGACACAUUGAUUGAUUUAUAAGCUACAUAAUUAUAUUUUUAAUGUGGCAUACUGAACCUGCACAUAGAUAGCAGAGCUAUAAGAUAAAAUGUAGCUUUAUGAGAAGGAAAAAAGUUACAAUGAAGAUGGUGAAGUACUUUUAGAAAGAGAUACAAAAAGUAUUUACUGAUAAAAUAAAUAGAAGAAUACAACAUUGUAAUGAAAGGAACAGAUAAGAAUAACAAACUGUAAUUAAUCACAAUGAGGAUCUGAUUGGGAAUACAACAAAAUAUUCAUGGAUUUAAGCAACCGCUAUAAACCAGAUAACAGAAAUGGUCUGUGUAGUUUCAUGUUAGACACACGACUUGGGUUUGAAAUAUGCCUCAUGCUUGAGCAAAUAAGGCUGAUAUCUAAUGUUGGGGUAUAGAGAUAUUCUUGGUAUCAAAGCAGCUCUGAAAGUUGUGGCUAUAUUUCGACAAUUGGAUGUUUCACUUUACUCUUAUAAACAUUACAAAUGAGUCCAUUUAACCUGUCAGAUAGUUAUGCACUGCUUUCGCUUCCACAGACUUGAUUAAGUACAUUGUGUUAGUAACACACUCAGACCUUACACAACUUCUGUUCACAUGUAGUGAGGUGAUGUAGAAUGUACUCACAAAAAUGAUUGAAUACACAUGACACAGAUGCACAAUGCAGCAGUGCAAAAUUAUGUUUAGUGUUUGCUAAAUAUUGUCCAUGUUUGUGACCAGAUUUUCUUGUUCUGUUUUUUAUAAUUUUUGGUGAUUGCCUUACAUUUGAUUUUAGUACUUUUAAUAUGGAUGUGCUUGAACUAAUACUGGAACAAAACUGAAAAUGAAGUGAUAUUCUGUUAAACAUUCCCUGUACCUAUACUGCAUAUUUCUCACUGUGCUGUGGAAGAGCACUUUUGUUCAAAGUUGUACUGAAUGCAAAAUAAGUACAUAUGUGGCAAACAUAUAGAUGAAUAAAAACUGUUAUUACUGUAGUCAGUUGCUAUAGUGAGCUCUGUUCUGAUGGAAAAUGCUGCCCCAUAAAUGUUCCACACAGAGAAACAUCUUGUCUGUCAGUGCCCACCUGGACCAUAAAAGUGACUUGUAAGAGUAUCACAAGCUGUAAUUAUUUAGUGUGUUUCUUCAAGGAAACUUACUAUAUUACUUACUUAUAUACAAGACUUUUUUGUAAAACUGUAAAUAAAGUUAAAUAAUUUUGAAGAUGUACAGUUCCUUUGGCUUUGUUUGUGAGAAAAUUUAUUGUAAGUUAUAAAUUUUAGUAAGCACAGAACAUAGAAUGGUGUAAGUAAUCAUUAAUGUUCCCAGUAAUCAAUGGCUAAUCUAAUACUCAUAAUUGUGUCGUUAACAUGUUCGCUAUGAUACCAGAAUUACUUAUAGCUAGUUGUGGUACAGGGCACCCUCUGCCACACACCACAUGGUUGCUUGUGGAAUAUGUAUGUAGCUGCAGAUGAAGAAUUGUAUAUUUCACAGUAAUGAGGGAGCAGCUCAUGUAGUUGAGUACAAUACUAUAAUGGAUAUUCUAACUCACCAGGUUACAAGUUUAUGCUCUAAAUUACUUUCUGUUUUCUAAAAACAUGUUUAGAAUGUUUGAACUUGUGAACAAAUACAGUUUCUUAUGCUAAGCUAAUGUAGUGCUGCGAAGAGGGAUUACUAAUUACAUUACUCAAGAUGUGCACAUAUUUUCAUCAGUUUAUGGCAUGUCAGUUUUAAUGAUCACUUCUGUGUCUGAGUAACAUUCAUUGAUUAACCUCAAGUUCAUAAUGGAUAUGAGUAUAAUAAAUGAAUGGUAAUUCAUGGUAA